GAGAGAGAGAGUGAGUGCAGGCUGAUCUCUAUCUAUCUCCUACAGACAUCUAUGUAGCAAAACUCAGAGCAGAGGACGUACUGGUCAUUGGCAGUGCCAUAAACCAUCAUGCGCGCCGUAUUCUGAAAACGUUCAGCGAUCGGGCGCGAGGAAUGGCUUAGUCCCAUGCGGAGCGCCGAUGCUGCACGAUGAGUGUAGCGCUGCAAGAUUUACGAAACAACAUGUCUAACUACAAGCGUGCAACAUUUGAGGAGGACGGGACAGACGUCCCUGACGAUGGAGCCAUCUCUCCUGACUGUGUGGAGGUGGGUUUCCGUAAGGGUGGUAUUCAGUUAUUUGGUCCACUGGGAAGAAGGACUCAGCUGGAGGUGGUUUUGGCUGGUUUGCUUCUCGGUUCACUUCUAGCACUGUUCGGCUGUGCUAUCACACUGGGAGUUCGCUAUAAUAGAGAUCCAGCCCGUAGUAUCUGUCUAACAGAGGCAUGUGUGACCGUGGCUAGUAAGAUUGUGGAGGCUCUGGACCGCUCCGCCGACCCUUGUCAGGAUUUCUACCAGUAUGCAUGUGGGGGCUGGGUCCGUAAAAACCCCCUGCCAGAUGGCAGGUCCCGCUGGAGCACAUUUAACAGCAUCUGGGACCAGAACCAGGCUGUGCUCAAACACCUGCUGGAGAACGGCACCUUUAACUCAAGCAGUGAGGCAGAGAGGAAGACGCAGUCAUACUAUCUCUCCUGUCUGAAUGAACAGCGAAUAGAAGAGCUCGGAGCCCAACCACUCAUCGACCUGAUUGCAAAGACAGGGGGUUGGAACAUCACAGAGUCCUGGGAUAAAGAUAACUUUAUGGAUGUUUUGAAGACUGUGUCUGGACCUUACAGAGCUCAGCCCUUCUUCACUGUUGGUGUUAGUGUGGACCCAAAAAACUCCAACAGUAAUAUCAUUCAGGUUGACCAAUCAGGACUCUUCUUGCCUUCUCGAGAUUAUUACCUCAAUAAAACAAAUGAGAAGGUGUUGAAGGCAUAUCUGGACUACAUGGUGGAAUUGGGUUUGUUUUUGGGAGGAGACAAGAAUUCCACCCGGGGUCAGAUGCAGCAAAUUUUGGAUUUCGAGACUGCGCUAGCCAACAUCACCGUGCCUCAGGACGAACGCAGAGACGAGGAGAAGAUCUACCACAAGAUAACGAUAGCAGAGCUCCAGAUGUUAGCUCCAGCAGUUGAUUGGCUGGAUUAUCUGAACUCUGCCCUCUCACCGCUGGAGUUGAAUGACACUGAGCCUGUGGUGGUCUAUGCAAAGGAAUACUUGCAACAGGUUUCAGAGCUCAUCAACAAGACCGACCGCAGUCUUUUGAAUAAUUACAUGAUCUGGAACCUGGUGCAGAAAGGAGCCUCCAGUCUAGACCAGCGGUUUGAAAAUGCUCAGGAUAAGCUACUAGAGAGCCUUUAUGGCACCAAGAAGUCCUGUACCCCACGGUGGCAGACGUGCAUUGGGAACGCAGACGACACUCUUGGUUUUGCGUUGGGUGCUCUUUUCGUCAAAGCCACCUUCGACAAACAAAGCAAAGAAAUAGCAGAGGGGAUGAUCAAUGAAAUCCGAACAGCUUUCAAAGAUGCUCUGGACGAUUUGAACUGGAUGGAUGAACAGACCCGACAAGCUGCCAAGGACAAGGCGGAUGCCAUUUACGACAUGAUUGGAUUCCCAGACUUCAUUCUGGACUCGAAAGAGCUUGAUGAUGUGUACGAUGGGUAUGAGGUCACAGAGGACAACUUCUUCCAGAAUAUGAUCAACUUCUAUAACUUCUCAGCGCGAGUGAUGGCCGAUCAGCUCCGCAAGCCACCAAACAGAGACCAAUGGAGUAUGACUCCACCCACGGUGAAUGCAUACUACAUGCCAACCAAGAAUGGAAUUGUCUUCCCCGCUGGAAUCUUACAGGCACCAUUCUACGCCCAGGAUCACCCUAAAGCUUUAAACUUCGGUGGCAUUGGCGUGGUCAUGGGACAUGAGUUAACACACGCUUUUGAUGACCAAGGAAGAGAGUAUGACAAAGAUGGGAACCUUCGACCAUGGUGGCAGAACUCCUCGGUGGACGCAUUUAAGAAUCGCACAGAGUGUAUGGUCGAUCAGUACACUCAAUACACUAUCAACGGAGAACACAUAAAUGGAAAACAGACGCUGGGAGAAAACAUAGCUGACAAUGGCGGUUUAAAGGCUGCCUAUAAUUCAUAUAAGUCAUGGGUGAAAAAGAAUGGAGUAGAGAAAAGACUCCCAGCUGUGAACCUGACAAACGACCAGCUCUUCUUUGUGGGCUUUGCACAGGUGUGGUGUUCUGUACGAACACCAGAAAGCGCUCACGAGGGCUUGAUGACAGACCCUCACAGCCCGCCCAAAUACCGUGUUAUCGGCACUCUGUCCAACUCGCCCGACUUCGCAGAGCACUUCCAGUGUCCGCUGGGCUCUCCCAUGAACUCAGGCCACCGCUGUGAAGUGUGGUAGAACCGUCGGCCAGAAGACAUCCACAGCCACCAGUUUUCUUGCACAAAUCAGCCUGGCCAAAAACGAUGACAAUUUGGGCUCUCAAGCACUGUUUUUUUUAUUUAUGUGCUCAAAUUUAUACGAAGAGUUGGGCUGAACGUUGGAGAACAUUAAGAGUGUCCUCCAAUGGUUAUGUUCUCCAAUGAUUGGGCCAACUGAUAUCUAUUUUCCUCUACCACCACACCAGCCCAUGCGGGCUCAUUUUAUUUAUUUGUUUGCUGAACUUGAGGGGACGAGGGGCCAAUCAGGGCUCCAUCCAAUGCUUAUUCGUGUUUCUGUGCUUUAUACCCUGUUUACAACAAGCCUGAUUCCUCAUCUUCUGGGAUGGAAGAUUUGACCACUGUGUUGCCACUGGGAGCACCUCUUUGUGACCUCACAGAAAAGUUUUGGCUCCAUCUGUGAUGACUACAAAGGAAGAUCCACGUUCUCAUAGUGACCUCACAGGAAGUGCCGAGCUACAUCUGUGACCCCCCACAGGAAGAACGUGCUUUCAGAAAGGAUGAAAGUAUAUUUCCCAAUUGUGAUUUAAUUUAAAUGCUAUUAAACAGCAGUUAUGACAGUGAUAGCCCCUGUUUGCUCAUCUGACCUGUGUAUUAUGGUAUCAUAGGCAUAUUUUUGUCUAGACAAAGUUGAUUUUAAACUGCUUUUUGCCAAAGAACAAUUUUAGUUUUGUUCCUAGUGAAAGUGGAAAUCCAUACUGCUUUGCUUUCACUGUAAUUUCAUAUGGUGUGUUUGUCUAAAGACGUUUACUUGCUGUAUGUGAAUGAUGCAUUUUCAUGUCUGUGUCACACAUUAUUUGCCAUAUUGUGCUAAAUUUGAUCAAGUCUGCUGAAGUGUUAUAUCACAUAACGCCCUGAAAACCACUAAAAAUAUAUAACCUUUAUCUUAUGCUAAACUUCUCAGCACCCCCUAAAAGUGUUUCAGGGAGUUGCAUCAGAGGUGGUAGUAUAACUUUAGAGAGAUCAAAUAACCCAUUUUAGGUUUAGAUUGCUGCUGUAUGUAAUUCCUUUCUCAGCAUUUUUACUAGCUCUAAUUUGAUCCUGAAUGUUUUAAUCUGAUUUCCACUUUCCAUUGCUAAAGCAGACAGACUUUAUUGUAUUGUGUCAUUUGAAUGCGGCUGACUUUUUAUGAUCUUAGAUCAGAGUUGAAUUUCACCAUUUGCAAAGGUAAAGCUCCCAGUGUGCUUGUUAUCUUAUGUAUACAACUCUUCAACAAAGGAAUAGUUCAUCUAAAAGUGAAAAUUCUGUCAUCAUUUACUCAGCCUCAUAAUGUUCAUUUUUUCUUUGGAUCCCAAAAAAAUAUGUUAUGAAAGGUGGGUGGUGAUUUAUGCUGUCAAGCUCUAGAAAGGACAGAAAUCACCAUAAGUAUAUAAGCGGCAACUCGUGUGCUAUUUGACUUGUGUGCUAUAUUCCAAGUUUUUUUAAGCCGUGUUACAGCUUUGUGUGAGGUACAGAAAUUUUAAAGAAUAGUUCACCCAAAAAUGUAAUUUCAAAUAUUAAAAUAAUAGGUGUGGGCAAGAAAUCAAUUAAUAUUUAAGUCCUUUUUUACCAUAAAUCUCCACCUGAACAUUUGAAAUGUGAAAGAAUGUGAAAGUGUAGAUUUAUAGUAAAAAGGACUAAAAUAUUGCUCUGUUUCUCACCCACACCUAUCGUAUCGCUUGUGAACAUAUGGAUUUCACCACUGGGGUGUCUUAUGGAUUACUUUUGUGUGGCCUUCAAGUGAUUUUUGGAGCUUCAAAGAUCUGGUCAUCAUUCACUUGGAUUGCAAGCACCUACAGAGCGAGAUAUUCUUCUAUAAACCCGUUUGUGUUCUGCAAAAGAAAGAAAGUCAUAUACAUCUGGGAUGAAAGAAUGUUAAUUUUUGGGUGAACUGUCCCUUUAAAUCUUCCACUCCACAGUAGCUCUCAAAUUUCAUUAGAGCUUGCACGUAUUCAAAUGUAAGUAUGUCACAAUUAGUCACAACACUCAUUAGAACAUAUGCUGUGUGAUUAUGGUGCAAUGUGUUUUAAAUCUCCAGGUUUGCAUAUGCACAAGUGUUGAUGUGAUUUGAGAGCUACGCUGAAGGGGAUUUUCACUGAAUAAGGACUUAAAUUUCAGUCUGUUCAUCACACAAAGUGAUUGUAUGUCUUCACGAGACUUGGAAUACUGUGCACAAUUCACUAUUAUAAUUCUUUUAAACACUUUUUGAAACACUCCUGGUCACUGUCUACCUUACUUGUAUGGAAAAGAGCAGCUUGAACAUUCUUCAAAAAAAUCUCGUUUUGUAUUUCAACGGAUGAAAAUAAAACUGAGGUUUUGAAUGACAUGAGGGUGAAUAAAUCAUAAUUUUAUUUUUUGUGAACUAUUUCUUUUAGAUUUUCCCCCUCAGUCUUAAAGAACAUUGCACGUGGAAAGAGUGGUUAGUUUGUUUGCAGCUUCUCCAAUAACAUACGGAAGUUCAAAACUCAGUUUAACUUCAUGUCAAGUUCAUAUUGUGUUAUACUUUGUUUUAGAAUUGCUUGAAUUAUGUGCAUUUGACUGAAUGAUUCUUUGGUUUUUAUCUUAAUACCGUAUGAUUAUCCUAUACCAUAAAGAUUUUGCGAUGUUAACUUUGAUGGGCUCCAUGGAGAUUGUGGGGCAGUUUUCGAUACGGAUUUCGUUUUUAGAAGAGAGGUUUGGUUUUGGCCUUAAUUACUGAAGGUAUAGACCUACAGUAUAAAAUAAGAUGUACAUAUAUUGACUUUAAAAUACUUCAAGUUGAACCAUUUGAAAGCCUUUAAAUAGCCAGUACUUGGCAUUAAAUGUGUACCUUCUUUAUUUGCAAUUUCAGUCAGAAAUACCAAAUUGCCAGUCCAGAUAUUCCUGUUGAGACCUGAAAGAAUUAUGUUUUUGACUGAUUGCCCUAAUGUUGUUGUUGAUUUUGUUGGAUUAAAGCCAUUUUUUUUUAGCUUUGAUUUAAUGGAGAGGUGGUACUCAAAAAGAUCUGACACAAACACAUUGUUUUCAGUGUGUUAAAGUUAAACUUUAAGAAAUUAUGUAGAUUAUUUUUCAGAAUGUCAUUACUGUGACAUACUACAUUCCGUUCAUAACAAUGGGACAGAGCAAGGUGAUAGUGUGUCCUGCCACUGUUAAUUGCUGUCGUUUUUUUGAUUUUUUCUUCAUUUAUGAAGAUGCCUUAUUUAAUUUAUAGAGUGUACAUUCAACAAUUAAUCAACUGGUGGUUUAUUGUCCUCUCUCUUUUGUACUGCUGUCAUUGAUGUUUGAGAGGUUACACUGUCUUAUAGUUGUGUUUUCUUUCUUUUUUAAUGAGAGGCAUUCCCUGAAUUAUUGUUGACAGUCUGCCACGUGUGUAGUGCAACAUUCCACCUAGAGAACUGUUACUGAA